CGAUACUGACAUGGCAUCAAAACUUAAAAGCCAUGUAUUGUCAGCGUUCAAAAUGCACGGAUUUACAUUACGAAGUGAGUCCAGUAAGUACCUGGUAGAAGUCCUUGGUUCAGUAGAAGAAGACCAGGUGGAAGAAUGUCUGAAUAAAAUCCUAGAAACAAUACAGAAACAACCAUUGUCCAGUUCACUUAUAACAAAAGCCACAUGCGAGUCCGCUGUCCAGGAGUGCAAUGCUGAAGCAGAUGAUGAUGGAGAAAACGUCCUGUGCGUCAUUGAUGCCUUCUCUGUCCCAAGACUGUCCUAUGUUGCUGAUCGCAAGAAAUUUAUACACAACAAGACAUUACAGCUGGCUGGUCCUAGUCUUCAUGGUACAGCGUCUGACAAAGCCACCUUAUUUAGGGACAGAUACACAAUACUUUAUCAGAGGACACAAAGGCAUGACCUGUUUACACCGCCAGCUAUAGGAUCUCACGAUGAAAAGUCCAAAAAGUUUAAGCUUAAACCAAUUGAGUUCUUACUUGGCAGCAACACAAAGCUAGGGGAUGUAAUUGUACUUGGAAUGUUAACACAGCUUAAAGAGGGUAAAUGGUACCUCGAGGAUCUAACAGGAGCUGUAGCUUUGGACUUGUCAAAGGCUAACUUCCACAGUGGUCUGUUUACAGAAAAUUGUUUUGUCUUGGCCGAGGGUUGGUAUGAAGAUUCUAUAUUUCACAUUAAUGCAUUUGGAUUUCCUCCUCCAGAACCUGCUAAAACAACAAGAAGUUAUUUUGGAAAUGUCAACUUUUUUGGAGGAUUAUCAAAUACAAGUGUUAAAGGUUCAGUAAGACUUAAACACAUUGAGGAGGAGAAUCCUGAUGCCAUGUUUGUCUUCUUGUCCGAUGUGUGGCUGGACCAGGUCAAGGUCCUGGAGAUGUUAAGAGUGCUCUUUACAGGGUAUUCAGAAUUUCCGCCAGUCUGUUUUGUCAUGUGUGGAAACUUUUUGUCAUCACCACAUGGAGCCAAGCAUGCAAAGGUGUUAAAAGAAGCAUUCUCUAGUCUGACUGAUUUGAUCAUCGAGUUCCCCAGUAUUGCAGAAAACAGUAGAUUUAUCUUUGUACCAGGACCUCAGGAUCCAGGCCCUUCAUCUAUUCUACCCAGGCCCGCCAUACCAAGUUCUAUUAUUGAGGAUGUAAAACGGAAGAUUCCUUCUGCCAUCUUUACCAGUAAUCCAUGUCGGAUACAGUACUGUACUCAGCAUAUUGUGGUAUUUCGUGAAGACAUUGUCACCAAAAUGUGUCGUAACUGUGUUAAAUUUCCGGAGGAUGGUGAUGUGCCUUCACAUUUCGCCAAGACCCUUAUAUCUCAGGGCCACUUGUGUCCCCUCCCCCUGCACGUUUGUCCUGUGUACUGGUCACAUGAUGUGGGGCUACGACUUUAUCCUCUUCCUGACCUUGUGGUGUGUGCGGACAAAUUUGAUCCCUUCCACGAAACUUCUGUUGAUUGUACUGUAAUGAAUCCGAUGAAAUAUAGUAUGCAGUAA